UGAAAGUCACAAUCAUAUGAAAUAACUGCGGUGAAAGCUCAGACUAAAUGUUAGGUGUUACCUCAUCACAACUCCUCAUAAGCUUGCCAUGGUGUGAUUGAGUAAAGUUGGAGUUGGGAAACACCAGGGCAGGAAAGUUCCGUGGCAAGGAGUGGCUAAAGAGGCCUGGAGCAAGUUGUUGAGCGACCGGAGGCGAGGAAUGCUGCUUUUCUGGUGGAAGACGCAAACGUCAGUCUGUCUACCUAUCCUCAAAUGCCUCAUCUACAGCUGAAAGACAUGGAACAUAUUUGAUUUGGGUGUACGUAACAUGUCAUUUGAGACUGUUAAAUGACUGGAGUGAAACCAUUCACAAGGGAUUUCUAAUCAUACACCUGAGACUUGCACUGUUUAGUGUCUCGGCAUCUCUAAAUAUCAACACAAGACAUGGUCCUCUGGAUUAUUAUCCCCAUCGCGCUCUCUGGUGUUUCAUUUUUUGGAUCCUGGUCAGUAUAUGCACUGGCGUUAGCGAAUGGCCAUGUGUGCUCACUUGGCAACUGGGAGUACAGGAACUCAUGCCAAACAAAUGAUUCCGGACACUGCUGUACAUCCUUCAAAGUCCCCACCAUAAGCUGCAGUGGGACUAUGUUUCCGGAAAAUUCCCUUUUCUCUGCCACCAUUAAUGCUGGGGCGUUCUUGUUUGUGGUGUUUUCUAUAUUUCAUCAUGCCCACAUCCUGGACAGAAACAGCGGUCAGUCACUCCUCAGUAAAAUCGCCCUGGUCUUUGGCAUUGUGGCAUCAGGUGGUGCCUUUGUGGCAGGGAAUUGCAAUCCUGCUGAACUGGUGUUGCUGCAUCACCUGGGUGCUGCCGUGAGUUUUGUGUGCCUGUGUUUCUACAGCCUCCUCCUCACCUCGCUCACCAGUAGGUGCCUUCUGACCGGACUGGAGCGCUACCUCUACCCAGCACGUAUCGUAUCUACGUCAAUCCAGAUCUUGGUCACCAUCCUUUAUUGUAUUUUCUUCGUCCAAACAGAUUACUUUUACAGACAUGUUUCUGCCAUUUUUGAGUGGACACUCAGCGUGAAUAUGGAAGUGUUUGAGCUGAGCUUUGCGGUGGAGUUUUUCUUUUUCUCAUCCUCAAUGCUGGGUACACUCCUGGAGAGAAGGGAUGAGGAAAAACCACUCAUUUUGGCCUGAGACCAGGCUCUAAUCAGGAGUACCAAUUUCCGUUAUUUAUUUGUAUUUCCCAUCCUCAUGUACACCAAAACGGAUUACCUUCCAGAAAGAAGAUCUUUGGGAUCUGGUAAUCCCAGGGAGGCUGUUGGUUACUACUUGAUCAAGACAUAUGAACUACAUACAAUUUUUGGGUAUUACCAGCAUCAGAGAAACGUAUAUUUUUGUAAAAGUAGACUCCGGUUUUCGGGAACCAUUUUGGGAACUGCACGUUUGGAUACCAUCCACCAAAAUGCUCUUCCAUGCCAGAGAUAUUCCAAAGACCAUAAAGUGCCAUUACAAUGGAAGUCAUAAGUGGUUUUUUUUUUUGUGGUUUUUUCCCCCAGAGGGUUUAUGAUUACGCAUUCAAUUUACAUUUCACUUUGUGUACCACCGCUGAAGUUAUGUUGAAUGAAUGUUUUUGUUGCAGGACUGAAUUUACACCAAAUAACUAAUUGAUUAUGACAAAGAGUCACCAGUAGGACUCAUUUUCCUGUUUCUUUCAGAAAUAUGGCAUUAUUAUGAUUGUAAGGUAGUUAUCAGGCAUUAUUAUGCUGAAGGACAGGGAAUAAUUGUAAUUUAUUCAGGCAAGAAUUUCCAUGUGGUUUUGCACACUUGUAAGCAAAAUGAUUUGCACAUUGGAAAUGUGUGCAAUGACUGCAGAUUACUUUCCCCCAAUAGUUUCAGUCUAAUAGUUAAGAUAGUAGUAGAAGUAGUUUGAAGGAGAGAUGACUGGUUUACGUUGUAGUACACACUCUGUCAGCACUUGUUUACAACUUGUACAUUUUCCAGUUUUUAAUAAUCACAGAAUUAAGCUUUUUCACCAACUGACAAAACAAUGUAUUUUAAGACAUUAUAUUUGAUCAAAUUUACAGUUACUGUUUAUUGUGUAGACAGUUGAUGUUUAAAUCUAUGUAUAUUUAUUUAAAAUAAAUUUGGUGGUUACUUGGUUCUGCAA